CACAAUGCCUACAAAAAGCAUGAUGUUUAGGCUGUUGGUGUUGUGAACCCACUCCCCAGCAUGCAGACCAGGACUGUCUCAUUGUUCCUGUCUGGCUGUAUCCAUCUGUCAUUUCUUGAUUUAUAGAUCGUGAGAUUCCCUUUCCGAGCCAGGCGAACGCCACGAACAGCCCCGGAGUGGGGCCUAGCCGGGACCGGAAGGAGUCACUCAUGCUCCCGGAAGUAAUUCUGAACAGAGCCAGAGCCAGACGCUACCGUAGCUGAUGUUGAGUGGGCCGGAAGUAACUAUGACAGACCGGAAGGACCCUACGCGAUCCCGGAAGUGUCCCGGCGCGGGGAACGGAAGAGAAGGCCACGCUCCCCGGCGAGCAUCCAAGAUGGCGGAGGUGGGGGAGGUGACCGAGGGCUGCCGCCUGCCCGUGUUGCGUCGCAACCAGGACAACGAAGAUGAAUGGCCUCUGGCUGAAAUCCUCAGUGUUAAGGACAUCAGUGGCCGGAAGCUUUUUUACGUGCAUUACAUUGAUUUUAACAAGCGUCUGGACGAAUGGGUGACCCAUGACCGGCUGGACCUGAAGAAGAUCCAGUUCCCCAAGAAGGAAGCCAAGACUCCCACCAAGAAUGGGCUGCCUGGCUCCCGGCCCGGCUCCCCAGAGCGGGAAGUGAGGAAGACCUUGGAUCUGUCUCUACAACCUGCCUCAACUCCAGCCAGCGGUAAAACCCUGCCCAUCCCAGUGCAGAUAACGCUCCGCUUUAAUCUACCCAAGGAGAGGGAGGCUGUUCCCGGGGAGCCCGACCAACCCCUCUCCUCCAGCUCCUGUGUCCAGCCGAACCAUCGGACAACGAAGCGGAAGGUGGAGGUGGUUUCCCCAGCAACCCCCGUCCCUGCUUCCACAGAGACCACUCAAGCCUCUGUGUUCCCCCAGAACGGCUCAGCCAGGAGAGCCGUGGCUGCCCAGCCUGGCAGGAAGAGGAAAUCCAACUGCCUGGGCACAGAUGAGGACUCUCAGGACAGCUCUGACGGCAUCCCCUCAGCCCCGCGCAUGACGGGCAGCCUCGUGUCGGACCGCAGCCACGACGACAUCAUCACACGCAUGAAGAACAUAGAAUGCAUCGAGCUGGGCCGGCACCGCCUGAAGCCCUGGUACUUCUCACCCUACCCACAGGAGCUCACCACCCUGCCUGUGCUGUACCUCUGCGAGUUCUGCCUGAAAUACGUCAAAAGCCUCAAGUGCCUGCAGAGGCACCUAACCAAGUGUGACCUGCGGCACCCGCCUGGGAAUGAAAUCUACCGCAAAGGCACCAUCUCCUUCUUUGAGAUCGAUGGGCGCAAGAACAAGAGUUACUCACAGAACCUCUGCCUGCUGGCGAAGUGCUUCCUGGACCACAAGACCCUGUACUAUGACACUGACCCCUUCCUCUUCUACGUCAUGACCGAGUACGACUGCAAGGGCUUCCACAUCGUGGGCUAUUUCUCCAAGGAGAAGGAGUCAACAGAAGACUAUAAUGUGGCCUGCAUCUUGACCCUACCCCCAUACCAGAGGCGAGGCUAUGGCAAGCUGCUCAUCGAAUUCAGCUACGAGCUCUCCAAGGUGGAAGGGAAGACAGGGACGCCAGAGAAGCCACUCUCAGACCUCGGGCUCCUCUCCUACCGCAGCUACUGGUCCCAGACCAUCCUGGAGAUCCUCAUGAACCUGAAGUCUGAGACCGGGGAGCGCCCACAGAUCACCAUCAACGAAAUCAGUGAGAUCACCAGCAUCAAGAAGGAGGACGUGAUCUCCACGCUGCAGUACCUGAACCUCAUAAAUUACUACAAGGGCCAGUACAUUCUGACGCUCUCAGAGGACAUAGUGGAUGGGCACGAGCGGGCAAUGCUGAAGCGGAUCCUGCGCAUUGACUCCAAGUGUCUGCACUUCACCCCCAAGGACUGGAGCAAGAGGGGCAAGUGGUGAGAGGCAGGGCCUAUCUGCCACCCACUCCCCCAUGGCCCAUGGGGCCUCACAGCCUUCCAGCUAACAUGCAGCUCCUGGGAGUUUAUCCCAGGGCCGGGACAGACUGGGCAACAGCAUCUCCAAGGGUGAUCGUGUGCUCUGCCACAGGGCUAGGCUGGGGCUGCAUCGUUCUCCAGCCAUGGCUCGAGCCCCAUGGGAAGGGGCAGAGGCCCCCAUGCUGCUCUCCUUGUCUCAGCACCAGGGUGAGGGCUCCAUUUGUAUGCAGGACUUGCCCAUGGACAGUGUGGGAUGUGACCGAGGAGUCCAAAGGCUGAGAAUGAGUGGCCUGGGCUCUCGGCAGCUGGCCAGCAUCUGCGUUUCUCUGUCACUCGAUCUGAGUUUUUGAUAAAGAUCCUGGAACUAAAAUGAUUGAUCCUGGACCUUUUAAAAUCAGCUAGAGAAGGAUGAGGGGGUGCUCAGGCUGCAUUAUCCUCCCCAGGGCUGUGCAAUACCCUGAGCAGCAUCAGGCCUCGGCUCCCAGGGAUUCUGGGGCGCAGCCACUUCUUCCACUAGUGAGCAGUGUCCCUGCCAGCAGCAGCUUCUAUGUGUCACCCCAGAGCCAGCUGCAGCCCUCCCUGUGCAAUGAACACACCCAAAGCUUGGCAGGGUGCAGGCUGCCUGAAGCUGUGGCCAAACAAGUUUAGGAUCUCAAAGCUGCUAUGCUCCCCCUGCCCUGGUAGCGUCUCUCUCUCUCCCUGGGAGCAGCAGUUACAGCAGGAUCUGGAACCAGAUGUCCCCCUGUGCCGAGGGCGGCAGCACCACCGAGCAAUGGACAGGUGAUAGGCUGAUUGCCAGUGGGUCAAGACGCCUGGGGCUGACCACUAAAUCCUUCUCUCCCCAACUCAUGGUGCUGAUUCCUGUCCCGCUACUUCGGCCAAGCCUCUGGGCCUGACUAGCCUUGCCCCACCCUCCCCUACAGGAGUGGCAACAGCCCCACCUGCAAACAGCAGCCACACAGUGGAGUUAGGCCUUGCUAACAGGGUGCUCCCCCCAGAAAGUAACAAUGCUGAAUAUUCCCUGGGCAAGAAUGGUUCCGGGCGGGGACCUGCAUCGUGCCAAAGCUUGUGGCAGCCUGGAGAGAGGGGAAGAGAGACGAGGCUGCAAGCACAACCCUGCUGCCCUGUCCUGCCAGGGUCUCUUGAAUGUGCUAGCACUCUUCCCUUCCUCAUUCAGAGGGGGAACAGAACCCACGAGCCCUGGCUCCUGCACUGGAGUCCUUCCUGAGUAGCAUGAGACAUCUAGGG